AUGGGCUCCGUUGUCAUCCCCCAUCUCAGCUCAGGCUGGCACGUCGACCAGGCCAUUCUCAGCGAGGACGAGCGCCUUGUCGUCAUCCGCUUCGGCCGCGACUGGGACCCGGACUGCAUGCGCCAGGACGAGGUGCUCUACAAAAUCGCCGAAAAAGUCAAGAGCUUCGCCGUCGUCUACGUCUGCGACAUUGACCAGGUCCCCGACUUUAACCAGAUGUAUGAACUCUACGAUCCCUGCACAAUCAUGUUCUUUUUUCGCAACAAACACAUGAUGGUCGACUUCGGAACCGGCAACAAUAAUAAACUCAACUGGGUCCUGGAAGACAAGCAGGAGCUCAUCGACAUCAUCGAGACCGUGUAUCGUGGCGCCAAAAAGGGUCGCGGUCUAGUCGUCAGCCCCAAGGACUACUCGACGCGCCACCGAUACUGA